AAGCCAGGUCCGGUUCGGCAAGAAUGGCCGCUCAGCGAGUAUUCCCACUUUCCUGUGUGGUGCAGCAGUAUGCCUGGGGGAAGAUGGGUUCCAACAGCGAAGUGGCGCAGCUGCUGGCCAGCACUGACCCAUUGGCCCAGAUUUCAGAGGACAAGCCCUAUGCAGAGCUGUGGAUGGGAACGCACCCCCGGGGAGAUGCCAAAAUCCUUGACAACCGCAUCCCUCAGACAACCCUAGGCCAGUGGAUUGCUGAGAACCAGGACUGCUUGGGCUCAAAGGUCAAGGACACCUUUAAUGGCAACCUGCCCUUCCUCUUCAAAGUGCUCUCUGUUGAAACAGCCCUGUCCAUCCAGGCACACCCUAACAAGGAGCUGGCAGAGAAGCUGCACCUUCAGGCUCCGCAGCAUUACCCUGAUGCCAACCAUAAGCCAGAGAUGGCCAUAGCCAUCACACCUUUCCAGGGCUUGUGUGGCUUCCGGCCUGUUGAAGAGAUUGUAACCUUUCUGAAGAAGGUGCCCGAGUUCCAGUUUCUGAUUGGAGAUAGUGCAGCAACACAACUAAAACAGAGCAUGAGCUGUGACUCCCAGGCUAUGGCCUCUGCUCUGCAGAGCUGUUUCUCCAACCUGAUGAAGAGCGAGAAGAAGGUGGUGGUGGAGCAGCUCAACCUGUUGGUGAAGCGGAUCUCUCAGCAAGUGGCUGCUGGAAACAACAUGGAGGACAUCUGUGGGGAGCUCUUGCUGCAGCUGCACCAGCAAUACCCAGGGGAUAUCGGCUGCUUUGCCAUCUACUUUCUGAACCUGCUUAACCUGAAGCCGGGGGAGGCCAUGUUUCUGGAGGCCAACGUGCCCCAUGCCUACCUGAAGGGAGACUGUGUGGAGUGCAUGGCGUGUUCAGACAACACAGUGCGUGCUGGCCUGACACCCAAGUUCAUUGAUGUGCCAACCCUGUGUGAAAUGCUCAGCUAUACCCCCAGCAAGCACAGGCUCUUUCUCCCGACGCAGAGUCAGGAAGACCCCUACCUCUUCAUCUAUGACCCCCCUGUGCCAGACUUCACCAUUAUGAAGAUGGAGGUUCCUGGCUCUGUUACAGAGUACAAAAUUUUAGCACUGGACUCCGCUAGCAUCCUCCUGAUGGUACAGGGGACAGUGACAGCCAGCAUGCCCACAGCCCAGGCAACAAUCCCCCUGCAGCGUGGCGGGGUGCUCUUCAUUGGGGCCAAUGAGAAUGUCUCACUGAAGCUUACUGUGCCUAAGGACCUGCUGAUGUUCCGUGCAUGCUGUCUGCUGUAGAGGCCAUAGCCUCCCCAGCUCCCCCCAGUCACCCUAAAUCCUGGCCAGCCUCACUUCCUCAGGCCUAGGCCAAACCCCCUUCCCUGUUCUGGACUCUUUGGGUAUACCCUGGAAGAGCUAGGGUAGAGGAGUGAGCUUGAAGGUAGUGUCACCUGACACCCCCUGUAUUCUCUCACCACUCCUCCCAGACCUGAGCCAGGCUCUCCUCAAUUCAGGAAACAGCAGCUCUGCUCCAGCCUACAGCAUUAGGCUAUCUGGAGAAACCUGACACAGUAUUAGCUCAGCAUCCAUCAUAGCAAGAGGUGAAGCAAUUCUUUUUUUUUUUUUGUCCUUUUUGAGACCGGCCGCACCG